AUGCCACUUUUCAGCUGGAUGAAAUGGCCAAAACCCGAUCCCUACAAGCAAGCACACUAUCCUGGCUCGCAUGUAGCGACAACAACCUUGCUUCAGGAAUUAAAAUGGCAUCUAAAGGAGCGUGAGAGAUUAAUACCAGAGACUGGGAGUGAACAGAGAGAGCAGAGAUCAGGCAUCAACUACAGCUGCCUGAGAGGCCCUCAUGUGGCCAUCCCAGCCCCUGAACACAGACAGCUUGACGUUCUUUGCUCCCAAGCGUGACCAUGUCAGACAUUCUCAGCAGGAUUUCGAGAACUUCUGGCAGAAAAUGAUGUCCUUCCCUGGGAAAUAGUCUACAUAUUCAAGCAAGUUCUCAAAGAUUUCCUUGGGAGUGCCGGCAGAGGGGGCCAGCACGCUGGCGGCCUGUGGGACCCUGGCGUCACCAGCCACCCUGCCUCUAUGACAGACCAAGAUAAAAUACCCACGGUAUCAAGUUACAUAAACAGAAACGCCAAGAACAGGCCCCUGUCCUGCUCACACAGAGUAUGGGACCCGCCAUAUCCUUCCCCACCAAGUUAA